AUGCCAUUGGUGUUGGAGAUUACAGGCACGAACUUAAAAGCGGAUACAGUAGACUCUGUUCAACCAGGGGUACUUCCCGUGGAAUUCCACUAUCCUGCAGAUUUGCCUCGCUUGCCACCUCAGUACCAACUCGAUGACCAUUCGGUGACUAAGGACCAAAGAGCCGAGAUUGUCAAAAAUCUUUUACCCAAGUUUCAACAGGAGGCGAAAGAGUAUGAAAAGACGUUGGGCCAUUUCCUACCAUUGAAAGAUGAAGCCUCCUCUCUGCAACUUGUCAGCAAACUUGUCCAUAAGAUUAUGUUGCAGUAUCAGUUGUCGGAUGAUUUGGCGUUUGUCGUGGAUCAUGAUUUUUCCGAAAAGUUCAAAAUUGUGAUACACGACACUUUAGUUGGAUUGCAGGUGAAAACAGUGAUAUUUCUCCCUUGUUCAGUACUAUCUACAGUAGGUGCAAAUGUGAGAGACGCAUUGGUUGUCUACCUUACAAUGGAGUGUGUCAAGAUUUAUGUUGUGAGUGACUUGCGAGAGAUCGUCACCAAGCAGGACACGAGAGUCAACUUGUUAAGCAAGAAUCACGAUAUCAUUCAAGAGUUGGUUGAUGAAGCUGUUGGAGAAUCACCAAUUGACUUGAGGAGGAAACUACGAGAAAGAAUUGUAGUGUUGGGUGAUGAUAGCAAUGAAUAUAUCCAUACAGAUUUAACCCCUGAGAAGCAAAAAUUUGAGACUCGACAAAGCAUGGGGUGUUGGGAAGGCGCAGCAUUGUAUGCCCAGCUGCAAAACAUCCACUAG